AUGGUUCAUCUUUCUUCAAUCGCAGCAGUCGUGGCUGCUCUGCCUCUCGUAUAUGGAGCGGGCCUGAACACAGCAGCCAAAGCCAAAGGACUAAAGUACUUCGGAUCCGCUACUGAUAACCCAGAGCUCACGGACACUGCGUACGUCGCUCAGUUGAGCAACACCGAUGAUUUCGGUCAGAUCACUCCCGGAAACUCCAUGAAGUGGGAUGCCACCGAGCCUUCUCAGAAUUCUUUCUCGUUCACAAACGGAGACGCCGUUGUCAAUCUGGCCAACGCGAACGGCCAGUUGAUGCGAUGCCAUACUCUGGUCUGGCACAGUCAGCUUCCCAGCUGGGUCUCCAGCGGAUCGUGGACCAAUGCAACGCUUUUGGCAGCCAUGAAGAACCAUAUCACCAACGUGGUGACUCACUACAAGGGGAAGUGCUAUGCCUGGGACGUUGUCAAUGAAGUACCUCCAAAACCUCCAAAACUGACAAGUGUCCAUCUAGCCCUGAACGAGGACGGUACCUUCCGUAAUUCCAUCUUCUACCAGACAAUCGGCGAAGCAUACAUUCCCAUUGCAUUCGCGACUGCUGCCGCAGCAGACCCCAGCGUGAAACUCUACUACAACGACUACAACAUUGAAUACUCUGGAGCCAAAGCGACUGCUGCGCAGAACAUCGUCAAGAUGAUCAAAGCCUACGGAGCGAAGAUUGAUGGCGUCGGUCUCCAGGCACACUUCAUCGUCGGUAGUACUCCAAGCCAAUCGGCUCUGACUAGCGUUUUGAAGGGCUACACUGCUCUCGGUGUUGAGGUGGCCUAUACCGAACUUGACAUCCGCAUGCAGCUGCCCUCGACCGAUGCAAAGCUGGCCCAGCAGUCCACUGACUAUCAGGGCGUGGCCGCAGCAUGCGUUGCCACCACUGGCUGUGUUGGUGUCACCAUCUGGGACUGGACCGACAAGUACUCCUGGGUCCCCAGCGUGUUCUCAGGCUACGGCGCCGCAUGCCCCUGGGAUGAUAACUAUGUUAAGAAGCCAGCAUACAAUGGCCUGUUGACGGGACUUGGAGCAAGCACCUCCACAACGACCACCUCUGCCUCUUCUACCUUGACCACCACCACGAAGACCUCUACUACUACAGCAAGUGCAACAUCUACUGGAGUCUCUCAGAAAUGGGGACAGUGUGGCGGUAUCGGCUGGACCGGUCCAACAACUUGUGUCAGUGGAACCACUUGCCAGAAGCAGAAUGACUGGUAUUCACAGUGCCUGUAA